AUGACAAUUAUGUUGCCUGGAUACGAUAUUCACCAAAGCGGUGAUACUUUCGGACUCAUACUAGGAGAAAUAGUGGACAGUGGCACUCUCCGACAUACCCGGCUGGCGAGAAUCGAAGCCGUUGCUGAGUUUAGACUACGAGAGAAUUCCAGACCUCCGUGCAACGAAAUUAAAGCUCGAAACCGGCCGAUGUCUUUCCACACAAUGAAGGCCUUGAUCAGAGAGAAUUCAAGACCUCAAGGUACAACGAACUUAAAGCUCGGAAAGGAGAAACAGUGGACAGUGGCACUCUCCGAUAUAGCCCCAAAGGAGAAACAGUGGACAGUGGCACUCUCCGAUAUAGCCGGCUGGCCAAGGAUCGAAGCCGUUGCUGAGUUUAGACUACGUACAGGACACUAUUGCCCCGUUGAUGAGAGGAAACGGUUGCCUGGCAAAACACCUUCACAGAUUGGGAGUAAACACUCCAACCCACAUGCCCUCUAUGUAACCUACAUGAGGAAACGAGAAGACCCACCUGAUUCGGUGUCCAGCCCUAAAGACACAGAAGACCCACCUGAUUCGGUGUCCAGCCCUAAAGACAGGAAGACCCACCUGAUUCGGUGUCCAGCCCUAAAGACAAGGAAGACCCACCUGAUUCGGUGUCCAGCUCUAAAGACAAGCAAGAAAGCCAGAGAUACUGGGAAGCAAGAAGACAGCUAA